CAUUUCAGGAAACAAAACGUAACUUACGACUCAAGGGCCCUGGCAACACUGCUACACCUACUCAACGCUAUAUAGGUGCUUGGCUUCUUGUUAUCCGAUUUCUUAUUUUGUUGAAUUCAUUUUGCUUUAUUUGGUGCUGCAAAUUAUUUAAUACGCAUCGUAAUCACAAUAUCACCAUAAUGUCAGCGGAUAAUAUUGAAAAGUUGUACCAGAAUUACGGUAUUUUAGCGGACGCCAAAGAAGAUAUUUCAAAGCAUGAAAAGGAAUAUUUAGAAAUAUUGGCUGCAGUGAAAGGAUCUGAUAAGGAGAAACGUUUGGCAUCUCAGUUUAUUGCGAAAUUUUUCAAUAGUUUCCCAUCCCUCGCGGAACAAGCAAUCGAAGCACAAUUCGAUUUGUGCGAGGAUGAUGAUGUUGCGAUCCGCAAACAAGCUAUUAAGGACUUGCCAACUCUAUGUAAAGAUCACAAGGAACACACCCAAAGAGUGGCAGAUAUUCUUGCUCAAUUAUUACAAUCUGAUGAUGUUACUGAAAUUAAUCUGGUCACAAAUUCUCUGCUCACAAUAAUAAAAGGUGAUGCCAAAAAUGCUCUUACGGGCCUGUUCUCACAAAUACAUCAAAAUGCAGAGAGUGAAGUGACAAAUGACAUAGUUAGAGAGAGGUGUAUAAAGUUUUUGGCCACCAAAGUUAAACACCUUGGAAGGGAAAUUAUCAACAAGGAAGCAGAGGAUCUAAUUAUAGCUGAAUGUAAGAAAAUUUUGGAGGAUGUUGCAGCUGAGGAAUUUGAACACAUAAUGGAUUUACUAACAUGGUCUAAACUAGGUAAAACACCUGCAGGAAAGAAAGAACUCCUUCAACUUGUUGCAGCUCUAGCAUUUACACCUGGUGACUGGCAGCCAGAAGACCCAGAGUACAUUGACAGACUCAUACAAUGCACCCAACAUGCAUUGCCUUUGUUUUCAUCACAGGUGGAAUCAACAGCUUUUAUGAACAUCUACUGUAACCAUGUAUUACCUAAAUGGGAUGAAAUAGCUACAUCUGAAGGAGGAACUGAUUAUAAAUUGGAAUUACUGAAACUAUUUGCUGAAAUCACUGAAAAUUGUGGUGAUUUGGAAAAUAUUGAACAGAAGAUUAAUAUCGCAUGUGAUCUACUUAUGAAAUAUCUCCCUGAGGCACCGAUGGAAAGUCAAGAUGGUACAGAAAAAAAGGAAGAAAAAUCAGAAGAGGCAAAACCUGGCCCGUCACUUCAAUUCUCGCAUGUGGAAUGUGCAUUAUUUGCUCUACACUCAUUAUGUCGCAAAUCCCCAGAAUCCAUUAGUGCCGAUGCUGCUAAACUAAAAUCAUUGCGCUUACGUCUCCAAUACACAGCUCGAUUGACUCAAGGAUACAUAAAAAAAUUGAAAGAAGUAACACAGGGAUCUAAAGGAGAAGAUGCUAACUCAGAAGAAAAUAAAUUAAAAAUUGCUGCAUUCAAGACCACAUCUAAUAUAAAUUCUUUAAUAAGAGACAUUUUCCGCACUCCACCCAGCUUUAAAAGCAAAGUGCAAUUAUCCUUCAAAACAACAAAGACUGAAAAAGAGGAAAAACAGUCUGCCAAUUCUGAUGAGACAGAAAAACACUCACCACCAAAACGACACCGUCCCAUCACAUUUGAUAAUAGAGAGGAGAAAGAAUCUCCUGAAAAACGCUCACGUAGUGGCGACCAAAAUAUGAAAAUGUACAUGCCACCCUCAGGAAAAUAUAGCUCAAGGCUAAACAACAGUGGCCGCUUUCCUGGAUCGAAUAGGGGUAGGGGGGGCUAUCCCAGACGUGACUUCAGAGGCAAUGGAGCACCAUUCAGGAGGCGAAACUAUUGAAAUACCUAACAAACACAACUUUACAGAAAAAAAUUGACAUGCUGACUUUAUGGAAGACUUGAGAAAAACAGACUUUAUGAACAAAUCCAAUAAGCUCUCAUCUGCAAUAGGGAGAAAAUAUACAGCAAUCAAACUAACCAUUCCCUUUAGUCUACAACAAUAUUUUCCAACAUGAAGAAGUUAUUGAUUUGAUAUGCAGCUUAGGUAGAUCAUUAUUCAAUAAUUUUGAUCCUGUAGGAGUUUGGGUGGCCCAAGUUGCAUAAUUCCCAUAGUUGAUUUUUUUAGUCUGCUUAGGGAAGACACAAUAAACAAUUAAUUUUCAGGUAUUAGUAUACAUUUCGCUUCAUCAUAUUUUGUAGCAUAGACUCGUAAGUAUAGUCUCACUAUGCAAACAGAUGUGGUGAUUUUGGAGCGUGUCAAUCCUGUAUUUGUAUCCCAUAUUGUACCGUCAAAUUGUAAGUACUAGAUGUAAGUUUGAAUAAUAAAACAACUUUGCCAACGAUAGCAACUUGCGGUGGUGCGAAUAGGACUUAUUGGACACGAUGAACUGCCUCCAACCUCAAAUGUAAGUAUGUUCAUUACAUGUUUUAUUUAUAGUAUAUGCUGAGCUGCUGAAGGCAACUGCAAAUAAAAAUUGGUAACUAUGCUAAGAUAUAGUAUCUAUCUGGUUCUUGUUUCAGAGCUUCUUUAUUCAAAGAAGUAUCUACAAUGGACUAAUUCCGAUACAUGGAUUUUAUUACUACAAUAAACGAUUUCUUUAAAACAUA